CGAAGGCCAGGGACGAUGGGCCGGAAGCUGGACCUGUCGGGCCUGACGGACGACGAGGCAGAGCACGUCUUGAAGGUCGUCCAGCGGGACAUGAAGCUGAGAAAGAAGGAAGAGGAGAGGCUGAGCGAGAUGAAGCAGGAGCUGGCGGAGGAAGGCAGCAGAUGCUCCAUCCUCUCCAAGCAGCACCGCUUCAACGAGCACUGCUGCAUCCGCUGCUGUGCGCCCUUCACCUUCCUGCUCAACCCUAAGCGCCUGUGCUUGGACUGCCAGUACAACGUCUGCAAGACCUGCUGCACCUACAACAAGAAGGACAAAGCGUGGCUGUGCUCCGCAUGCCAGAAGGGCAGGGUUUUGAGGACACAGUCUCUUGAAUGGUAUUACAACAACGUGAAGAGUCGCUUCAAGAGGUUCGGCAGCGCCAAGGUUUUGAAGACCCUGUAUCGAAAGCACAUUAUAGAGAGAGGAGCGCUCUCUGACCUCCCAGAAAGCAGCGUUCACGAGGGAAGCAACGACAACGAUGGCAGCAUCUGUGGCAGCGACUCCGCCUUCUACAAACAGAGUGAAGGACACAGCAUGGCAGAGACGCUCACGGUCGCCCUGCGCGUCGCUGAGGAGGCGAUAGAGGAGGCCAUCACUAAGGCAGAAGAGUUUACCGCCGCUCGUUGAAACCCGACUGAGAAGCAGAAUGAGGCUCGGUAUCUGCAGGACCACAAAGAAGAGCUCAUAGAGGAACUUGCCACGACAAUUGUACAAAAAAUCAUCCAGAGGAGGAAGCGUUCGGAGAUGCAGACGGAGUAUGACUCUGUCUGGCCUCAGACUCAUUCCCUGAUCCAGCCCAGCGACCUCCCCUCUCCGUCUCAGCCUCAAGCUUCUUCUGUAGGACCACAGGACCCCAAAAAAACCUCCUACUCUCUCUGGCGGUCACGCUCAGCGUUCUCCCUCACCAGCGACGACUCCCCGGAUAAGGGUCCGGAGGAGGAGGGGGCGGCGGCGGGCGGCGGCGGCUUGCAGGAGUACGCUCCUCUGAAGAGGGAGGCCAAGGCGGCGUCUCUACCCACCUGGAAGAGUGUCGACCGCCUGGACAACUCCAGUGCGUCCUCGGUGCUCCAGAGCCCAGACGGUAACUGGAUCGCUCUGCACAGCUCCCAGCUGUCUCGGCCCAGCCUGCUGACCAAGAGGAAGAGCCUGGUGUUCAGCGUGUUGGAAAAGGAGUCGGGCGUGGCGUCCGCUUACGACGGGAUGGGAUCGGACUCGGAGGAGAACGACGCGGGCGGCUGGGGCGCCGCGCUGCGACAGUUCCGCCGCAGGCUGUCCGACGACACUUACUACACGGACUCGCAGCACGACCCGGAGUGGACGUACACCCAGCACCUUCCCGUCACCUCGCCGUCCUCCGGCCAGUACACCAACACGGAGACUCUCAACUCGGACUCGGAGGCCUCGUCGGUGCCGCCGGCGUGUCCCCGCAAACCGCCGCACAACCUGCUGAGGCGGAAAGGGCCACCGGACGCACACCUGCACCCGCAUCACCAGCCGCUCUACCACCAGCACCAACACCAGAACGUCUCUCCGUACCCACUGCACUCUGAGGCACUGGACGUCAACUUUAACCCCAAGGUCAUGGGAGACAGCAGCGAGGCUGAGGAGAGGCAGAGCGAUCCAGUCAGAAGAUCGCGGCGACGCAGGAAAAGCAAGAGAGAGUCGACGGCAGAGCAGAGCAAAGCUGGAGGCCAGAGCUACCCAGAGUCCAUCUACCCACUAGUGCAGGAGAACAGUGGUUUUCUACUCAGUGCCCUUCUGAAGAGGGGUUUGAGUCAGGAAGAGUCCGCACCCGACACUACGCCAACGGCCACAGCGACACCGGACAAAUCAGAUGCCAUUACACCCGAGCCGGAGGACUUGGACACAGUGGAUCCAAAUUUGUCGCCCCCCCCUGUCCCUCCGCGGCCCCACUCUCUGGCUCCGGGGUCCCAGCCGUCGCUCUGCAGCCAAGGGCCGGGAGACCCUCUGGAAGAGGAGCUACGAUCCAGACUGAGCCACUUUGCCAGACGUGCCAAAAGCAGAGACAGCAGCUCGUCCGAGGAGGACUGCACAAAGCGGCCCGCGGACAGACAGACGUAUAGAGAACGCGAGGGACAGAGGGAGAAGACGAGGCCAAAAGACGCGGAAAGAGAAAAGCCGAAGGGAAGUGACAGAUUGAGAGACGGGACCGGCGAAGGGGAAAUGGAGGCGGCAAGUGAAACGGCGGAACAAGUGAAUGGACAAGCGGCGAAAAGAAGUGCGAGACUGAUGAAGAGUGCUUCGCUGAGAGAGGAGGGAAGAGUCAGGGAGAGGAGGUUGGAGAUGGGAGUGGAAUGUUUGGAGGAGAGUGUAGACGACCAGGAGCAAAAGAGGGGAGAGAAGAGAGAGCCGAGCAGACAAAGUAAGAAGCAACAUAAAAGAGACGUGAAGAAAGAGACGGGACAGAAAGGGGGAGUGAGACGGAGUGGAUCCAGCGCGAGCUCCCCUGCUGUUACACCUUCUUCCCAGGAGGGGGUGCUCUCAGACAACCAGCAGAAGUACUCUGCGGCGUCCCUCUGCAGCAUCACCACCGAGGUGCUGAAGGUUUUGAACGCUACAGAGGAGCUGAUCGGCGAGGCGGGAGGCGACAGACACAAUCCCUCUGAGUCCGUCAGUGCUUCUCCCUUCUCCAGCAGCUCCGAGACCCGCAAGCUGGACCAAAGGCUGACCAAGAUGGAGGAGAACGUGUACCUGGCCGCUGGGGCGGUGUACGGGCUGGAGGGGGCGCUGGGCCACCUGGAGCAGUGCGCCCGCGGCAUUGAGAGUGGCACCGCGGACGCAGAGCUGGCCUUCCUGGAGGACCAGGUGGCCACCGCCGCCGCUCAGGUUCAGCAGUCAGAACUACAGAUUUCCAACAUCGAGGCCAGGAUAUCAGCUCUGAAAACAGCUGGGAUGAAUGUGACCGUCUGCAACCAUUUCUCCAAGUUCAAGCCAAAGGCUAAGCCUCAGACCCUGGACUCAUCACGCCAUCAAAGGAGGAAGCUUCCAGCCCCUCCACUGAAAGAAAAGUUGGAGCCCGAGCAGCCGGUUAAAGUGUUUCGGCCGUAGUCAGAGUCAGCAGCACAACGAGUCCGGCGGGGCCGCUUUGAGAGCCCCGGCGGACCGGGGGCCGUCUCAUCCAGUGCCUUGACCCAGUGUCCGCCUCCAUCUCCAGGCCAAGCAACCGCCCUGAGAGACCCGCGAAGCACCCAGCCGGGCACGGCACCCCGGCAGUGAACCAGUCGCGGAAGGGUUGACCGUCACUUUCUUCUCUUUCCACUUCAUUCUCCAUCACGAUUGUCGUCGCCACGCACAUGAUAUCAAGAAAGGAUGACUCAGCAGUUUGUGUCUCUGCCUUAAACAUCUGUAAAAACUCAUCAGGAGCCGAUUGAAAAAAAAGAAUAUCUGUACAGACAAAAUUAACUCUUGUGUCCUUUUUUUCUAUCAGUUUGCAAGAGUAUUGUGAUUUACUGUCUAAUGAAGACGUGGAAAAAAAAUCAUGUGAAACUUUCUGUGAUUCAGUAUCCCAAAAAGAGGCUUCAGUGGAGUGUCAGAGGAAAGUAAUCGUCAUUUGAGAAUUGAUUUUGAAUGAAUUUUAACCAUUUUAAGUAGUCAUGCACAUACCACAUAAUACGUGUGUUAAAUAUACAAAGGGCCAAAAUAAUUUUAGCUAGAUGGCAAUAAUGGAACACAAAGCACACUUGAGAACUUUGUCGACUUUGUCAAAAACAAAUAGUCGGAGGAAUAAUUCAGAGUUUGUUUUUUGCCAAAAGUUAGAGCAGAAGAAAGACAACUCUGCGAUGUCCUCACAGUGAAUAUGUCGGUGAAAUGCAUAUUUCCCAUAAUAUCCAACUUUUCCUUUAAAUGAACGCCAAAAGAUUAAACUGGAGAAGUAUUCUCCCUUUAUUUAGAAAUGGGAAACAAUUUACAAUUAGACAGACACACACGCACACAAACUACAGCCUUAAUGUGGAAGCUUUUACUUUGAAAUUAAUCAAAUACGGUCUGAAUGUCAGACUAACUGCUGGACACAAGCCUUUGUUUGAUAUUCAGGUUUGGUCGGAGAGCCUUCCCUUGUGCAGAAUUCUUCAAUCCAAAGUAUUUUACUUUGUUUACUUUCAAACGUUGUGGCCUUUUGUUUGAAUGAAAAGGUGGGGUUUUUUAUGUUUUCCUUUUGCCAGACUUUUGUGUUACAUCUUGUAAAGAUUUUUACAUAAUGAAGACUGACGGACGAUACAACAAAUGCCAUGAAACCAUGAUUUUGUUACAAGCAAUUUAUUUUUCUACCUAAUGAACAUUUUUAUGCAAUAACACGAAUAUAAGUACUAUUGCAAAUCAAAGGCUUUAUUCUCUCCUCAAAGGAGCCCUCGGUCAGUCCUAUCAGGCUCCCGUGUGUGAUGACUCAACGUGCUUUCAGUGUACGCCUGCAUUUACCAUUCGAUAUCCUGCCAGCGAUGAAGAUGGUAAUUUUACUAAAAACACGGGCGGGAAGACACGAUUCCUACUGUAUUUGUACUCCUUAAACACUAGAUGUGAGAAUACUGCCUUUCAUUUUUGGGUUAUUGUUCUUUACUCUCUCACCACCUGCAUUAGUCAGAAUAUCAGUCCGCCAUGCCUACUAGUUGUCAAAGUUUCUGCUGUGGAAAGAGCAAAAGUUGGUUUCCCUGAUGGAACGCUUGAGCUACAAGGUGUGAUCUUCCGUAUGAACGCUCUGCCCCUUCUAUUACUGACCUUUCGCAUUUUGGGUUUUGCACAUUGAUCCUUUACGUUUUGUCAAUCUGGUUCUGCCGCAGGUGUUGAUGUAUAAAAGCAUGUUUCUGGUUUUAUCAAAGCCAUGUAUGUAAAAUGUUCCCCGAGAAGCACAGCCACAACGGUCCAAUCAUCAGUGUCCAGUAUUUUUCUAAUGUAAAGAAAAAAUAUAUCUCAUCACAGAAUUUAUUAAUAGAUGUAUAUGUGUGAAAAGAUGGAUAUGAUAUAGAAUUAUAUGUGUAUUGCCCAAUCUUUCAGUGUUGUGUGCAAGAGGCCGUGUAUAAUUGUCAUGACUUGUAGGGCUGGAUUCACACAGGAAAUCCAAUUUAAUAUGUAACUGUGGCCCAGAUAUUCACAAAGAGCUAAAAACUGAUCUCACUUUUGUUCCCGUUUAAAUCCAGUGUGAAUGACUACAAUGUGGUUCACUGUGCGCAGCGCCACAGGCGGCCCAUCCACUUCAAUGGGCAAUCAUAUGGUGCAAUCCAUAUGUUGGGUGAAAUACUAACAUGCAAAAAAUACAGUUUCUCUAUGUGCUACAGUACUGCGAGAUAAAAAUGUAUUACGAAAUGAAUAAAAUUUGCAAAAGUAAAGCUUU